AUACAAUUACCAUAUAUAGAAAAUGCAUUUUACUGAAAUGUCAACGUCUCAUGAUUACACCUCACUGUUAUAAAAAGAAAACAAUAAUUUUGGAAAGGAAGUAAAUCUAUAACUGCCAUAAAGAAAUAAAAGGAAAUAACAACUGACAUUGUGAUAACGAAAUUAAUGAUAAGUUAACGAAUCUGUGUCCCUCGUGGAAGAGUGAACAAACCAAUCUUUAGACAUAAAAGGUCGUUGGCCAACAAAAAACGAAAAAAGGAAGAGCCUUUGCUAUCGAUAAAUUGGUAGAACGGUGGUUGCCUACCAUUAUCCUGAAAACGACGACAUUGCACCCGUCGAGGUGUGCACGUAUCUCUAGGCCUUUUGGUAUUCUGAGCACCAUAAUGCGUCCUACUUCUUUGACAACAGUGUUAUCAUCUCCCGUUUUACACAUAAGAAAGUGGAGUUUGAAAGAAAUGGAUAAGCACAGAGUGCCUAGACCUUUGCGUAUUCUGUCCACCAUAAUGCCUCUUGCUUCUUGGACAACUAUGUCAACAAUCCCCUUGGAACGUGUAGCAUGCCUAAGAAAGUGUAGCUUGGAAGAGAAACAGAUGGAUGUUUGCAAAUCCUCAUUUAAGAUUAUAUUGGGUUCAUCAUCCAUGGCUCGACGGCGAAUUCUAGCUGAGAUGGGAUAUGAGUUCUCAAUCGUGACUGCAGAUAUAGAUGAAAAGAGCAUAAGGAAAGACAAGCCUGAGGAAUUGGUUAUGUCUUUGGCUCAUGCCAAGGCAGAUGCCAUCAUAGCAAGGCUCCAAACUACAGGUCAACUGGAAGAGGAUGCUCGUGCAACCUUACUGAUUACGGCAGACACAGUGGUGGUAUAUAAAGGGAUAGUGAGAGAAAAGCCAACCAGCAGAGAAGAAGCACGGAAUUUCAUCAAAGGUUGGUUAAUGGUUUUUUCUUCUCUCCACCACUUACAAGACUCGUACAGGUUAGUGGUCAUGUGUCUAUUGUUUGCAGGCUAUUCUAGUGAUAGUGGAGCUGUUGUAGGAUCUGUUCUAGUAAUUAACCUUAAGACAGGAAUAAGAAAGGGAGCAUGGGAGAGGGCAGAGGUUUAUUUCCAUGAGAUACCAGAUGGGGUAAUCAAUAGUCUGAUUGAGGAUGGUGUUACAUUCAAGGUUGCUGGAGGUCUCAUGCUAGAGCACCCGCUGAUAUCACCCUUUGUUGAAGCAGUGAUAGGGAGUACUGAUACAGUGAUGGGACUUUCAAAAACUCUUACUGAAAAACUCAUUGCAGAAGCGCUAUAGCUCGUGUUGAUUUAAAGCUAUUUAAGGAUUUACAAAAGGAUGUUUUCUGUAAAUCAUAGGCAAUUGAGUUGGCCCAAAAUCUUAUGAGGCCUUAUUGAGCAAUCAUUGGAUUGUUUUACGUUGUGCUUUUAGAAGUUGUAAGACUGAAUUUUGAUAAGAUUGUCGAAUUUUGCAUGUUAUUUUGUGUCUUUUUUGUAAAUGCAAAGUGGUGCAUUUACAAAUAGGAAGUUAUCACUAUACUUCGGUUUCCCACAAGACAUACGGGGGAGCCUAA